AUCUGUUCAAGCAAGUGGCCAGUGCCACGGGGCUCUGCGACCAGCGGCGCCUGGGGCUGCUCCUGCACGACUCCAUCCAGAUCCCGCGGCAGCUGGGGGAGGUGGCCUCCUUUGGUGGCAGCAACAUCGAGCCGAGUGUCCGAAGCUGCUUCCAGUUUGCCAACAACAAGCCGGAGAUCGAAGCUGCCCUGUUCCUGGACUGGAUGAGGCUGGAGCCGCAGUCCAUGGUGUGGCUGCCCGUGCUGCACAGAGUGGCUGCUGCCGAGACUGCCAAGCACCAAGCUAAGUGCAACAUCUGCAAGGAGUGCCCCAUUAUUGGAUUCAGGUACAGAAGCUUAAAGCACUUUAACUAUGACAUCUGCCAAAGUUGCUUCUUCUCCGGCCGCGUUGCAAAAGGUCAUAAAAUGCACUAUCCCAUGGUGGAAUAUUGCACACCAACAACUUCAGGAGAAGAUGUCCGUGACUUUGCCAAGGUACUAAAAAACAAAUUUCGAACAAAAAGAUAUUUUGCAAAGCACCCACGAAUGGGCUACCUGCCUGUGCAAACUGUCUUGGAGGGAGACAACAUGGAAACUCCUGUUACUCUGAUCAACUUCUGGCCAGUAGAUUCUGCGCCUGCCUCGUCCCCUCAGCUUUCACAUGAUGAUACUCAUUCACGCAUUGAACAUUAUGCUAGCAGGCUAGCAGAAAUGGAGAACAGCAAUGGUUCUUAUCUAAAUGACAGUAUUUCACCUAACGAAAGCAUUGAUGAUGAACACUUGCUAAUCCAGCACUACUGCCAAAGUCUGAACCAGGAAUCUCCCUUGAGCCAACCUCGGAGCCCUGCACAGAUCUUGAUUUCUCUGGAGAGUGAAGAAAGAGGGGAACUAGAGAGGAUUCUUGCAGAUCUGGAGGAGGAAAACAGAAACUUGCAAGCAGAAUAUGACCGGCUGAAGCAACAGCAUGACCACAAAGGCUUGUCCCCACUGCCAUCCCCCCCCGAGAUGGUGCCCGUCUCGCCGCAAAGUCCUCGGGAUGCUGAACUCAUUGCAGAAGCCAAACUGCUCCGCCAGCACAAGGGCCGCCUGGAGGCCAGGAUGCAGAUUCUGGAGGAUCACAACAAACAGCUGGAGUCACAGCUGCACAGGCUGAGGCAGCUGCUGGAACAGCCACAGGCAGAUGCCAAGGUGAAUGGUACCACACUGUCCUCUCCUUCUACCUCUCUGCAGAGGUCAGAUAGCAGUCAGCCAAUGCUUCUUCGUGUCGUUGGCAGCCAGACUUCAGAAACCAUGGGUGAGGAUGAGCUGCUCAGCCCUCCCCAGGACACAAGCACAGGUUUGGAGGAAGUGAUGGAGCAGCUUAAUAACUCCUUCCCAAGCACCAGAGGAAGAAAUGCCCCUGGAAAGCCAGUAAGAGAGGCAACAAUGUAGGGAGCCUUUUCCACAUGGCCGAUGACUUGGGAAGAGCGAUGGAGACCUUAGUGACAGUGAUGACGGACGACAAGGUGUUAGAAUAGCAAGAUGUGUUUUACAACUUCAGGCGUCCCGCAUGGUUUUUAUAACAUUCAUACUACAAAGAGGAUUAGACUGUAAGAGUUUACAAGAAAACAAAUCUAUAUUUUUGUGAAGGGUAGUGGUACUAUACUGUAGAUUUCAGUAGUUUCCUAAGUCUGUUACUGUUUUGUUAACAAUGGCAGGUUUUACACGUCUAUGCAAUUGUACAAAAAAUAUAAGAAAACUACAUGUAAAAUCUUGAUAGCUAAAUAACUUGCCAUUUCUUUAUAUGGAACGCAUUUCGGGUUGUUUAAAAAAUUUAUAACAGUUAUAAAGAAAGAUUGUAAACUAAAGUGUGCUUUAUAAAAAAUAAUUGUUUAUAGAAACCCCCUUAAAAAAAAACACACAAAAAAUACUGAGGCAGUGCAUUUGUUUAGCAUCAUUUCAGCUCUAUAACUGCAUCAGAGAGAGAUUCAUGUUCUGUGUUCUUUUCCUUGCUGAUCAAAAAGAAAGAAAAAAAGUAUGUAUCUCCUGCAGCAACACCAAAACGGCCAACUUGCAUCAUUUCUCGUUGUUUUUGUCUGGCUAGGGCUGGCUUAAAAAAAAAGAAAAAUAAUAAUCUCCUGGACUUCCAAGGAAGGUAGUUAUUUCACCUCUUUCCAAUAAAAUUGAGAAUUACAUCAAUCAUAGAGCUAGUCUGCAAUAAUUAAGCAAAAGAGCACAUUACAUGGCAGCCUGCAAAAAAUAAU